AUGCAUUGUAGUUUUACAAGUAGGAAGUUGGGAUUUCCAACUUUUCAAACAGCGCUGGAAUGCAUCAGACAUCUGGUUGACGGACGACAUCCCACCUGUAACUUCCUGUUGGAGGUGGAGAGAGACCAGGCGGAGUGUCUCAGGAGGCUGCGGGAGGAGGAGGCCGCCAGCAGCAAUAAAGAGCCCGGAUGCAAAGGAGCAUGGUACAGCAUAGCGUGCUGGGAGCAAGCUGAGAUCGGACAGAUCAUCACCAUCCCCUGUCCGCGAGUCCUCAAGACUGUAUUCGGCAGAAAUGCACAACUCAGACUCUGCUCGGCACCCCUUUGGUUUCGCUUCCGAGGUCCCGGUCGUGACUUGGGGGCAUACGUUCUGCCACUGCCCAUGGUAAUGGUGUCACCGCACCCUCCGGCCCGAUACCGGUCACAGAUUCCGCUUUCUAUGGAGAAGAGAAAGCUGAGUCAGAGCACAUCAGCGGACGGCAGCCUGGUCUUCUACGUGGUCGUGCAGACGUUGUACACUCUGGGUCACAGUCUAUCUUUGAUCGCCCUCACCACAGGGAGCGCCAUCCUCUGUCUGUUCCGGAAGCUCCACUGCACCAGGAACUACAUCCACCUCAACCUCUUCUUCUCCUUCAUCCUGAGAGCCGUGGCCGUGUUGGUGAAAGACGAUAUCCUCUUCAACCGAACCUCGCAGUGCUCCAACCAGCCGUCGCUGGUGGGAUGUAAAGCCAGCCUGGUGUUUUUCCAGUACUUCAUCAUGGCCAACUUCUUCUGGCUGCUGGUGGAGGGUCUGUACCUCCACACUCUGCUCGUCGUCAUCUUCUCUGAGAACAGACACUUUAUCGUCUACAUGUUCAUCGGCUGGGGAAUCCCGACCGUGUUUGUCUUUGCGUGGGUGAUGACGAGGAUUUAUCUGGAGGACACAGGAUGCUGGGAGACAAACGACAACCCCAUACCCAACUGGGUGAUCAAUGGACCAAUUGGAUUCUCCAUUAUGGUGAACUUCAUCCUGUUCAUCAGCAUCAUUCGGAUCUUGGUCCAGAAGCUGAGGUGUCCUGACGUGGGCGGCAACAACCAAUCACAAUACAGGAGGUUGGCCAAAUCCACUCUCCUGCUGAUCCCACUGUUUGGGAUCCACUAUGUGGUCUUCAUUACUCUCAGUGAAUCCAUUGCAGAAGAUUAUAAAAUAUUCUUCGACCUUGCCCUCGGAUCCUUUCAGGGUCUGGUGGUGGCCAUCCUGUACUGUUUCCUAAACAGUGAGGUUCAAGGCGAGCUUAAGAGAAAGUGGAGGAGUAUGUGUCUGGACUGCCGCCUGAGCAGAGAUCACCACUUCAACAACACCUUUGCCUCCAGGAAUGGUUCAGACCACAUGGUGCAGUUUCACCGCAACUCCCGAACCCAGUCCAUCCUGCAGUCAGAGACCACAGUGCUGUGAGGACCUUACAGGUCUUAAAAAAAAAAAAACGAAUACAGUCUCCAGGUUGACCUGGGUCGAAUAAUUUUACAAAAUGAUGUAAACACAGAGUUGAGGUGAAGUACCACGUGGGUGGGACCUGCACAUUGUUUCAGAGCAGAUUUUGGUUUUAGCUUUACAAAUCUCUGUGAGCCUUCAGCCGUUCUGACCCAAGCUGUGAAGGUGUGCUUGUGUUUUCUGCCAACAGAGAACCAUUUUUAUUCCGUGUUUUUGUGUUAUGUUGUCGUUUUGAGCCAAGAAAGAACUUUUUUUGUUUAAUUUGAAGGACUUGUUGAGGCAAAAAGAUAAAGGGUAUAACUUGUACUUUUAAAGACUGUUUCUUUGGGUCCACCCAUUGAUGUUUCACUCAACCAAGCAGCAGAAAAGCGGGUCUGCUUAGUUUUCAGACCUUAUGUGAAGGUCGAAGUUUUCAUUCCAGUUCAAAAGCAUUUUUUUCCUCCAAGUGCGCAGCAAAACUGUGACAAUUUGUUACUUAAGUGAUGUAUUCUGUGGUUCAUAGUGGCCACACCCACCCAUCUGAUACUUGAAGCUUGUUAAAAUCCCUGCUAAGAAUGAUUCUUAACUGCAUUUUGACCCAGGUCAGCACAUGAGCCCUGGUUGCUACUGGUGAAAACACUGGUAAAACAGGGUUGUUUUGUACUGAUUCAGAACCCAAACUGUUCUGGCAUCAUUUUUAAUGUACAUUUGAUGAACUGCUGUCAUCGAGCAGUGCUGUGCAUGCUCCAAACCCUUUAUUUGUGCUACGAUGGCACUGACACUGCGUUUUAUAAUGUAACAAUGAAGGUGUUCAGACUGAAGAGGUCAUGUAAUUAAAAGGGAAACUUAAGAGUGUGUCCACCAGGCACUUCUGUUGAGAUUGGUGGCAUAACCACUUUACACUUGAUUUGAUGACAAGCUCAAUACAACCACUACAGCUGUCAUUUGCACACAUACAGGAGUCUCAGGCUGGAAGAGGGCAGGAUGUAUUUCACAGAUUUGUGAAAUAUGAACAGGACUGAGGUCUCAGUGGGAAGCCAGUAAGGGAUCACAUCCCACAAUGCUGCUGAUCUUUUAGGAACACUGCACACAAAAUAAUGAAACAAAUUAAUCUAAUCAAAGUCUUGAACAGAAGGUUUGCACAGAGCUGUUUGCUCAAACCCACACCCAGCUAAUGCAGGAUUUCCAUCCACUCCUACCUGCUCAUGUAGCCAUUUUGAUCACUCCCACCCAAAAUACUGUUUUCUGUUGAAAAUCCUCUCUUCCCCAUCCCACAGGGAAAAUAAAAACCAUAUAACCACUAGGGAAUGUUUUUGAUCUGAAGAAAUGCAAAUACUCAAAUUUUUGUUUAGUAGGCCAAAUCUUAAAGACUUGAACUGAAAACAAAUAUUGCUAGAAGGCAUUGAAGUAAAUGAAACGUGAGGGUUUGCAAUCCAGAUUUUGGAAGGUUACAUUGAUAUUGUUAUUGUUCUCCAACAACGCUCUAUAGCAUUUGCUGUAUGAGAACGGUGUGUUGAGCAGAUUUGCAUGUGGGAAUGUCAUUGAAUAAUGACAAUGUUCAAAAUUACAUUUAAAAAACCAACAAGUUUAACAUAUGAAAAAGAAGUGAGUGGGUUGGUGGCGAGAAACUGCAUCUUUAUUUCUUACACCAAGGAGGUUUAUGUUUUUAGUCCAGUUUGUUUGUCUGUUGGUUAGAUGAAUAUCUUAAAACCUGCCCAACAGAUAUCAGUUUUUAUGAGUGUGUUAUCACCUAAAAAUAAGAAUCGUUAUAUUUUCGUUACCUUACAAUGAGCCUUUUAUAUCUAUAGAUGCCGUGGGCCACCUUCCAUGGCGGCUGUCAACAUCAACCUCCGUGUUUCUACAGUAGCCCAGAAGCGACAAACCAAACACUGGCACUAGACUUUUGCAGCUACUGUAGUUUAUCCUCUGCGCUUGGAAGAGGAGAGGAGCAUGCUACACUGCUAGAUGCCACUGAGUCCUACACACUGGUCCUUAAAAACUGGUAUAUGUUGUAGAAUAAAAGCAAAUUUAUAGUCAACAUACUUCCACUCACUCCAGCAGAAGCAUCUCUUAAAAGUCACUAGUUAAAGCAGAAGGGCCAGGUGGAUACAGGAACCUAAAAGGAAAUAAUACUUUGCUUAUUAAUGGGAAUAAUGUUGGUUUUAUUCAUGCAGUAAGUGUUACACAGCAGUUGCAUGAUAUUCUCAGUGUUUUUGCCUUUUUCUCAUUGCUGUUGGUAAAUAGCUGUCAAUGUGUCAAUUUCUUGUAGAAUCUGAUGUAAAGUUUGUCAAGAGAUAACUAGAAAAAAAAAGAAAAGCUUGCUUUGUGCAGCGUGAUAUAUUUGUCUUUAAUAUGUUGUAUUUAAUUGUGGCCACAAGACAAAACAAUCUGGUGACACUUGACUUAAGGCAUACACAAUAAUUAAGUUUAUUUUGAGUAAUCACAUUUUCACACUAAUGAUUAUAACUUCUUCACUAUCUGUAUAAUAAUAAUUUUUAAGAUUUUUGAUAAGUGUCGUAACUUUAGUGCUGUCUUUAAGUAAGUCAGUCCUCCA